AUGGCUCCCACGCGUGCACGAACACUCGACAUCUACGAAAGAGAGAGGAACCCGUCGAUUCUGGCCACGAGUCAAGACGACUUUGACCUGCACGACGAUUGGAACGAGCUCGACAGAGGCUUUGGAUCCCGCUGGCGGAACUCGUGUCCUGACAAGAAGACGACAGGUUCAUCUACCUCUCGCUGGACCUCGCGUCUUACGUCGCUAUCGUUGAGUCUAACAGGGGCUGGCACCGCGCUGACCUCGCGGGCCAAGCAUCUCAGUAUGACCGAUUCGACUCAGCAGACCGUGAGCCGUCUUCGCAAAGCUGUGAAAGGCGCAUCGUCUCGGACAGAAGUCAUGCAGAGAGGCGCGACCAGUGCGCAUGGCCGGCCGGGCGAGGUCGAUGAUAUGGACGACCAGCCCGAGAGCGAAAGCGGCUGCACCGACGACGACAUGUACGCGAAUUUGAAGGUGCUUCAGUCACCAGUCAAGCGCGUGCACGCAGGACGAGCAAAGACAUUGACCAAAUGGAUUCGCCAUCGGUCGAGCGCAAGCAACUGA